AUGUUCCUGCUGCAGCUGCUCGCUCUGUUCUUCAUCUCCACACCUGGACCUGAGUCCAGAGACAAGAGGAAGCAGAGGGAGGAGGAGGAGGAGGCAGAAGGACGGACAGACAGGAAGUGCGAGCUGACCCUCAGGAGAGGAGACCUGCUGGAGGUUCCCCGGACUCUGUUCACACACUUUGGGAUUUACCUGGGGGGAGGCAGAGUGGCUCACUUCAUCCCAGACAUCAUCCCCGUCAUCUCCAGUGACCAGUAUCGCAUCAAACAGAUGGUCACCAACACCAGGCUCCUGCUGGGAGUACUGGCCAAGCGUGGCAGUGUGAGGGUGGACUCAGUGGAGGACUUCGCCUACGGGUCGGAGAUACUCGUCAACACGAUGGACAAGGUGUGUAGCCGGCCGGCGCUGCAGGCGGAGGAGGUGGCCAGGAGGGCGGAGAAGCUUCAGGGCCACGUGGCCUACAGCCUGCUGUGGUACAACUGUGAACACUACGUCAUGUACUGUCGAUACGGCACCGUGCUGAGCUACCAGACCUUUCAGUUCUGUAAGACAGUGAGGAAGCUGUUGCUGAGUCGGCGUGUUGCCAAGGCGACGGCGGUGCUGGGUGUGUGCCUGCUCCUCUACCUGGAGGCUGUGACCGCCUGCUCCGCCACGCUGGCCGUCCUGCUGCCCUUCCUCAUCUGGAUGGCAGCAUGAACACAUAACA